CAGCAGCGACAGCAGCAACAACAGCAGCAGCAUGCCGCUGUGCCAGCCCGGCCAUAUCAACAUUUCGGCUAGAAUUGAGCAAAUUGCCAGCGCGGCUAUCGCUGCGUAUACGUAAUAUUAAAAAUAGGCUAACGCCCGCCCAGGCUGCAGGAUGAACAAGCGCAGCGUCGUCAUCGCGGGAAUCGUGGCCAGCCUGUUGGGCUUGGCGCUCGGUGCCAACUUCUACUUUAUGUACUACCUCAGCGCCGAGGAGGGUCAUCUGGCCAGCGUCCGGGCGCUGGAGAACAUGAUACGGCACAAGAUGCGCCACCUGAAACCCAACUACCUCAAUCGCAAUCCUCGCUUCUUCAUGUUCCGCAACAAGCUGCUUAAGAACUACAAAGCGGCGCCGUACGAGAACGCCAGUGUCCUCUGGGACAUUGCGAACUGGUGGCCCCACGAAAACGAGGUCUAUCCCUUAUACGACUCAUCGAUGGGACAGCUUUUAGAAACACUGCGCCGCGAACCUAUCACCCGCGUGAGCAACCUGGGUCGGGGCACGCAAUUGAAGCUCCUGGUCCGCCUUUCCCAGCAGCAGAAGGUGAUCUUUAAGCCGCAAUGGUAUCCGCGGGACGAGGUUAUCGAUGGCAUGGUGUACAGUGGCAAGGAUCGCCACACGGCUGAAGUAUAUGCCUUCUAUCUGGGCGCCGUGCUCGACUUUCGAUGGACACCCAUCGUGGUGGGUCGAGUGGUGAACCUCAAGAAGGAAAUAUAUGCCAAAGGCGAUCCGGAGCUCCAGCAAACCAUAAACAUCGAAACGGACGAGGAUGGCAGGGAGAAGUACUGCCUGUUUGGGAAGUGUCACUACUGCAACGAGGAGGAGACCGUUUGUGGCGAUGAGCGGCACAACAUUGAAGGUGUGUUCAUCUAUAUUGUUCCGGGUACGUUGGCUAAGAGGCGAUCACCGUGGCAACGCACCUACAAGGAUGACAAGCGGGCGCCCUGGGAGGACGAUAUGACCUACUGCAAAUCGUUGAAAAAUAAAAUGGAGACCAUUCGCCUGCUGGACCUUAUAGAUGCGGCUAUUUUCGAUUACCUAAUCCAAAAUGGGGAUCGGCAUCACUACGAGACGCGGGAAGAGCGCGUGGUGCUUAUUGACAAUGGAAAAGCCUUCGGAAACCCGAACAAGGAUCACUUGGACAUCCUCGCGCCACUCUACCAAUGCUGCCUUCUGCGAAAAUCCACGUGGGAUCGGCUGCAAGUCUUUUCCGGUGGCGUACUCACGGAAAUCAUCGAUCGGCUUUCCAAGCAGGAUGCUCUCUAUCCCCUCAUUACGGAUAAGCACAAAAAAGGAGUGGAGCGACGACUUCUGGUGGUCUAUGCUGUUGUGGAGCACUGCAUGGACAUCGAGGGCGACAAAAUGUUCAAAACUCUGUAGUUCCAGGUCGAGAUUAGGGCUAAAAGCCAGCACAAGAGCUACCGGGACUCACUUUCCACAUCCUACUUAAGCUAAAGUUAGAUAGAGAAAUUAUCGUAUUAUUUUAGUCCAUGUUUCCCUUCUGUAUUUCUCCCAACGUUUUAAACUAUUUAAAUGCCCACAACAGGUUUAACCUGUUUAAAAUUAA